AUUUUAUGCGCUAACCGACAAUCACUCAAACAACUUAUGAAGUGAACUUUUGUGUUCUAAGUUUUGUGUUUGUUCUUAUGUUCGUUUAAAUUUUCGUUCAUAAUUUGUUAUUUAUUGCAUUUUUGGCUUUCGUUAGUGAAUAUUUUAAAGAUUUUGUUUUUAUUUUGACUUGAAUAUUCGGGAGUUCAAAUAAACCAUUGCGCAUUACUGAGAAAUUCACGUGUUUUGGUGGAACAAACGACGAAAAUGUCAUCAGAUGAUACGGUGAAGGUUGCAGUACGGAUUCGGCCUUUGGUCAAAUCGGAGAAAGACAGAGGAUGCCAAAGUAUUGUGCAUAAGACAGCAACACAUCCGCAAGUGAUUGUCAAUACAGGCACAAAAACAUCGGACAAGUACACAUACAAUUAUGUUUUUUCACCGGAAGAUUCACAGGAAAUGAUCUAUGACAAUGCUGUUAGGUCGAUGGUGUUCAAAUUGUUUGAAGGCUUCAAUGUCACGAUUCUAGCGUAUGGUCAAACAGGCAGUGGAAAAACCCAUACCAUGGGCACAAAUUAUAAUAGCAACGGUGAUAUCGAUGAGGUGGGUGUUAUUCCACGCGCUGUCAAUGAGAUCUUUGAACAAAUCACAACAAUGGAGAUUGACAACGAUUUCACGGUAAAUUGUUCAUUUGUCGAACUCUAUCAAGAGAAAUUGUACGAUUUGUUGACAACAAAUCAAAGAGAUCAAAGCAUUGUUGACAUUCGCGAAGUAGAUGGAAAAAUCGUUAUUCCAAAUCUAACUGAGCGAAUUGUAAAAGAUACUGUAUCCACGACCAAGUGUUUGAUGGACGGUUCAUCAUUUCGAGCAGUUGGUGCAACUGCUAUGAAUGCACAAUCCAGUCGAAGCCAUGCAAUCUUCACUGUAACCAUACAAAAGAUUCCGAAAGAAGAUCCAGCCUCUGCGACGAUUGCCAAAUUUCAUCUGGUCGAUUUAGCCGGUUCGGAACGAUCGAAAAAGACUCAAGCGGUGGGAGAACAAUUCAAAGAAGGUGUUAAAAUAAAUCAAGGUUUAUUGGCAUUGGGAAAUGUAAUAUCAGCAUUGGGCUCAACAAAUCCAAAUGAUAACAAACACAUUGGUUAUCGUGAUUCGAAAUUGACGCGUUUGCUACAAGAUUCACUUGGCGGAAAUUCAAUUACAUUGAUGAUCGCCUGUGUCAGUCCAGCUGAUUACAAUUGUGACGAAACCAUUGGCACACUACGGUAUGCAGAUCGUGCACGUAAAAUAAAAAAUAAACCAAUUGUCAACGAAGAUCCGAAAACGGCUGAGAUUAAUCGUCUCAAGGCAGAAAUUCAAUCGCUGCGCGUUGAAUUGUUGUCAAAAUCUGGCAUUGGAAAUAUGACGUCGGUUGAAAAAUGUAAGUCAUGUCAAGAGCCACCAACAAAAGCACAAUUGCAAAAAGAUAAUCGUGAAUUGGCGGAAAAAAUGCAAAUGGCACUAUUUGAAAUGGCACAUCGUGAGAACGUGUUAACCGAAUAUGAAGAGACAAUUGAGUCGUUAAAUGCAAAAAUCACCGAGUUGAAAGGACAAAUCGAUAAAUUGGAUAAAGAAAACACAACAAAUAUGUCGCCCGAACAACUAAAACAAUAUGAAGAAAAAGUUCAAAUGAUUACAACGAGCAUUUUGGACUUGACCGAACACAUGAAGGAACGAAACGAUUGCAUUAUACAAAAUUUAAAGCACACAGAAUCACAAUCGAUAAAUGUAUCACGUUCAUCACUGGCCGACAGCGAAGAGCUGGCCCAAACUAACGAUAAGUACAUUAAACAACAAACGGAAUACCAACAAGAGCUGCGAGAAUUUAAGCAAGAGUUAAAUGUCAAAGAGAAACUGCAUUACAAAUUAAUCGAAAACUAUGAAAAAUUCCGCAGUCUAAAUGAUGCCGAAAAUGUUAAAGCGAAAAUGAAAGAGUACGAAGAGAUGAUCAAGAAAAUGGAAAAAGAGCAAGAAGAACUUAAAUUGGCGCUUCGCAAUAAAAAUGGUUCGGUUUCCGUAAAGUUGGCCGAAGAACGGCGAAAACGUGUGCAACUCCUUGAAGCUCAAAUUGCCGAAAUCAAGCAAAAGAACAAUGUGCAAGCCAAACUGUUGAAACAACACGAGAAAGAUGGCGAUCAGAUUAAGAAAUUGAGCAGCGAAAUCGUUGAAAUGAAACAAAAUAAAGUGAAAUUGAUCAAAAAAAUGAAAUUUGAAAGUGAUGAGUUCCGACAAUGGAAGGCACAACGUGAAAAGGAAAUUGUUCAGUUGCGCACAAAGGAACGAAAACUUGAGUCUGAAGCCGUGAAAAAGGACUUACUCCAUGAAAAACAACGAAUUGUUCUUCAACGCAAAUUCGAAGAAUCGAAUGCUGCAAACAAACGGCUUAAAGAAGCACUGCUGAAGGUACAAAAGAACAAAGAAAGUAAGCUAGCAAACAAGAAUGCUCCGGCUCAAAAGGCAGCUUGGUUGAAUGAGGAGAUUGAAUUGAUUUCCUCAAUUGUUGAUAUCAAACAAUCAUAUGAACGCUUGAAUGAUGCAAGAGCUGAGCUAACCACCCGUUUAAAUAAGGCAAAACGCAGAAAGGAUAAGGAAUUGGUGAAACAGACUGAAGAAGAAAUUGAGAUGCACAACGCCCAAAUAACGGAUUUGCGAGAAAAAAUUCGAACAAAUGAUUUGGACGAAAAGAUCAAAGCAAUUCAAGAUUCAUAUCAAACAUUGCCAGAGAGUCGUAGCAUUGUAAGACAUUUGCUCAAUACAUUUGUUGAAAAUCGUGGCAAUUUCAACACAUAUUUUGCCCAAGCUCGUGAUAUGAAACACCAAAUCGAUGCAUUGCACGAGGAAAAACAACAAAUGGCCGAUGAAUUCAAGCGGAAAUCAGAUGACUUACAGAAUGAAAUGAAGCGUUUGGUUGAUGAAAACGUGGAAAAGCAAUCAGUGUUACUAAAAGCACUUGCAUCCGAAGGAUCUCAAUCGGAGUUGAUAGCACUGUUGCAGGCGCAACUGAAUGAGAAGGAAGCUGAAAUUGAACAGAUUAGAGAUUCGAAAUUAAUAUACAAGCGUCCAAUAAAGCAACGCAUUGAAGAGGUCACCAUUGAGUUAGAUGAUACAAUGGAGUCGGUCAACGUGGAUGAUGAUGACGAAUCGAUGGAUCCUGACUGGGUUAAAACUCCAUUGCAGAAAUGGUCGCGCCGCAAGACGACGCGUUUAAAUUCGCAAAAUUCACAAGGUUCUGAGAAUGAGUCGAUUAUGGAGCCAAUUCCAAAACCAAGCAAACCAGCGCCAAAGCGAUCGAAAUCAUCAAAGGGUGUUUGUGGAUGCAAAACAGGAUGCAAGGAAGGUCAUUGUGGCUGCCGUAGAAGUGGAAACAGUUGCAACGAUUCUUGUGGCUGUGUCACACUCAAGAAUUGUACAAAUGUUUUUGGUCGAGAUAGUGCCGGUAGCUUGAAACGCGGUCGUUCAAUUGAUGAGGACAACAAUACAAUUUCAGUUGAUGAGGAAGAUAAGGAGAAUUUGGACGAAGUUGUUCCAUGUACACCACCGAAAAAACUACGCACGGACGACAUUAUUAAUCCAUAUGUUUACUCGCACAAAAAACGUCACCCCAUUUUUACGGCACCAUCUCAAGACGAUUAGAAUAGAUAUAUAGUAUAUAAGAAUUCAUUUGCUUUGCACAAUAAUUUGAGGAAAAUGUUAUACAUAAAUUGACUGAAUAAUACAAAAACAAAUAACA